AUGAGAAAUUUUGAUGCAUUAUUUAUAAUUGAUCAUCAAACACCCAUAUAUUUAAUUGGUGGUCAAACAUGUUUACAUUUUGCUUGUGAAUAUGGUCAUAUUGAAUGUGUUUCAUUAUUAUUACAAAAUAUGGAAACAAAAUCAAUAAUGAUUGAAGACUUUAAUGGUUAUACAUCUUUAGAUUUAGCAAUUAUGAAUUCAACACGUAAUGAUAAAUGUUAUGAAAUUGUUAAAUUAUUGAAUCAAUUUAUUAUGAAUGAAAAUAUUGAUGAUAAAAAUAUACAAAUAUUGAAUCAAAAUGAUUAUUUUAUUCAAUUUUAUAAAGAUAAAUUAAAAGUUCAAAAACGUAUUGCAAACAAAAUGAAAGAUACUUUACCAAAUAUGCAUGGAAAUUGUUGUGAUACAUGUCGAAAAUUUUAUCAAAUAUCUCUUGAUGAUACAAGCGAAAAAUGA